AUGGAAGAAAUCUUGAACAUUCAAACACCGGUUAUGUUUGAUGAGUCUGUCGCCCACUACGAGGCUCACUCACACAAACCGUAUGCCUUUCCAAGUUUCAAUAACAGCGGUGAGAAAAGGAUAGCCGUACAACAUCAAGAUCUCGCCCUAGUACCGAGCAAGAGCUCGCUGCACGUUUACGGUAGACUUAUGAAAACGGAUGGAACUGUAGCGGUAGCUACAACUCUCGUAAACAAUGCAAUCUGUCAUUUAUUCGAAGAAGUGCGCUACGGAUUGAAUGCUAUAGAAACUGAUAGAAGCAAAAAUGUAGAUCUCACGAGUCUGAUGAAAGGCUAA